CUAAGAUAUUUUAUUGCCAUUAAAAUCACCGUCUAUGCUCUGAUUGCUCUCCAAUCUAUUGGCGGGCUGGCGGCUCCUGUCUGUGGUCGCAGACUCGCAGAGUCGCAGACUCGCAGUAGCCAGUAGAUGCCGGAGCCGUCGCAGCCACUCAAACCCCAUCAAUAAAACGGCGCCAACUCAACAGACUUCCAGCUAGCAGUGACCACGGCGACCAUCGCCGGCUCGCCGCCAUGAAGCACCUCCACCUCUCAUCUUCUCUUCCUCUCCUCCUCCACCGCCCCUCCAAGCCCCAUCUCCUCCACCCUAGCCGCCGCCGCGCCUCCAUCCGCAACGCCGCAUCCGGCGGCGGCUCCGGCGAACCCACCCCCGCCGCGGAAACGGCCUCAGGUACCUCUCCGCCAGCCGCUGCCAAGCCCGCCGGCGUCAAGGACCGCCUCAAGGCGAGGAACCAGGCCCGCCGGGUCCGGCUGGACUCCCCGCCGCCGGAGGUGGUGGUGGUGCCGAAGAAGAAGCCCGCCCCCGCCGCGUCGUCGUCUCCUGUGCCGAAGAAGAAGGUCGGGCGGAAGGGGUGGGAGGAGAUGAGCCUGGGCGAGAAGGCCGUGGACCUCUACGUCGGCGAGAAGGGCCUGCUCUUCUGGCUCAACAAGUUCGCCUACGCCUCCAUCUUCAUCAUGGUCGGCGCCUGGGUCCUGUUCCGCUUCGUCGGCCCCUCGCUCGGCCUCUACCAGCUCGACGCCCCGCCGCUGCCGCCCACCGCCGUGUUCAGCGGCGGCUCGCCGUGACGGCGUCGAGUCGUUCCCGAGUGGGCGUACACUGUCACUAGGUCGAGGCGUAGAGCUAGCGUAGCCGCGGAUUAAUAAUGGUGACAUGAUAUGGAAAGAUUGAGGAAGAGGAUGCUGAUUCUGGAGCCAAAGUUUGGACCUUUUACUGCCAAUAUGUGAAUUGUAGACGCGCGGUUCUUGGAGCUUGAAUUCCUGGUUUGUCUGUGCAAAACCUGUUUGGUUUUGUACAGGCAAGCAAUUCAUUUCGGUAUGGUCUGGUUUUGAGAAGAAGCUGAGAUCAAGAAGACAUCCAUUCUGCUA